CAAAAACACAAUUGCUCUGUUAUCAAAGGGAUGUGAAGUUGAUGUUAGCCACCUCCUUCCUCACAGUUCUUAAAAAACUCGAGCCCAUUUUGUAUGCCCCAUCUCAUUUCCAUACGAACUACCACUCCCUCCCUUUAAACUACCUUUUGAAUUCUUGUUCCUCUCUUUCAGACCUCAAACGAAUCCAUGCUCUCAUCGUCACAAAUGGGUCCCUCAAAAACCUCCUCUUAUCCACCAAACUCAUCACCUUAGCUCGCUCCGUGUCCCCAACAAUGGACUAUGCUCGCAAACUGUUUGAUUUAAUGCCUGAAAGGGAUUUAUUUCUCUGGAACACCAUGAUUCGAGGUUAUGCUGAUCUGGGUCCUUGUCAAGAAGCCAUAGUUCUCUACAGAGACAUGCAUCGGAUUGGAUUAUUACCUGAUAGCUAUACCUUUCCUUCCGUGGUUCGAUCUUGUGCUGUCCUCUCAGCUUUGAUGGAAGGGAGAGAAGUGCAUUGUAACAUAAUUAAGAAUGGAUUUGAUUUGGAUGUAUUUGUACAGAGUUCAUUAAUUACAAUGUACUCGCAGAGUGGGGAGAUUUUCAAUUCGGAACUAGUUUUUGGUGAGAUGGUUGUGAGAAACAUAGUUUCUUGGACUGCAUUGAUUGCAGGAUAUGUGCAAAAUGGAUUUUUUGAAAAAGGGUUGGGCAUUUUUUGUUAG